UUAUGCUGCAAAAUAUACAGAUUGGACAUUUGAAAAAGUGAUAUUUUGUAUUAGUUAAUUUAUUAAAACUAAUUUGGUGAAAAUUAAAUGUUUUUAUGAUACGGACAUUAUUAAAGAAAGAGGUUGGAUGAAACAGAGAGACAACCAAAUGGAAAAAUUCUUCUUCAUCUCUGUCUUUCUUCUUCCUUACGUCAUCACCACUUUCGCUUUCCCUCUCUCCACCGACUCACGCUGGAUCGUCGACGACGGCAACAAAGGUCGUCGCGUGAAGCUCACGUGCGUCAACUGGCCGUCGCAUCUAGAAACCGCGGUGGCGGAAGGGUUAAGCAAGCAGUCAUUGGACUCGAUCGCCGAGAAGAUCGUCUCAAUGGGUUUCAAUUGUGUUAGAUUGACUUGGCCUCUCUACUUAGCCACUGAUGAAUCUUUCUCUGAUAUUAUGACUGUGAGACAAUCUCUUCGCAAGUUUCGUCUUCUUGAAGCUGUUUCUGGUUUUCAAACUCAUAAUCCAACGAUUCUUGAUCUUCCUCUAAUCAAAGCUUUCCAGGAAGUAGUGUCUUGUCUUGGAAAGCAUAGAGUAAUGGUGAUAUUAGACAAUCACAUAAGCCAACCUGGUUGGUGUUGUAGUGACAAUGAUGGAAAUGGGUUUUUCGGCGAUAAACAUUUAAACCCUCAAGUUUGGAUCAAAGGGUUAAAGAAAAUGGCAUCAAUGUUUGCUAAUGUUUCAUCAAAUGUGGUUGGUAUGUGUCUAAGGAAUGAACUUAGAGGUCCUAAACAGAACAUUAAAGAUUGGUAUACGUAUAUGAGAAAGGGCGCUGAAGCGGUCCACUCAAUGAAUCCGGAUGUUCUUGUUAUUGUCUCGGGUUUAAAUUAUGCUACUGACUUAUCGUUUCUCCGAGACAGACCUUUUGAAGUUAGCUUUAGGAGGAAACUGGUGUUUGAGAUACAUUGGUAUGGGUUUUGGAAUUCUUUGGAAGGAGAUAACUUGAACAAGAUUUGCGGGAAAGAAACCGAAAAGAUGAUGAAAAUGUCGGGGUUUUUGCUCGAGAAAGGGGUUCCGUUGUUUGUGAGCGAGUUUGGGAUUGAUCAAAGAGGGAAUAAUGCAAAUGACAAUAAGUUUCUAAGUUGUUUUAUGGCUUUAGCAGCUGAUCUUGAUCUAGAUUGGUCACUAUGGACUCUUGCAGGAAGUUAUUAUAUAAGGGAGAAAACUAUUGGAACAGAUGAAACUUAUGGAGUUUUGGAUUGGAAUUGGUCAAGCAUAAGGAACUCAACCAUUUUGCAGAUGAUUUCUGCAAUACAGUCUCCUUUUCAAGGACCAGGUCUGAUGGAAACACAACCAAAGAAAAUAAUGUUCCAUCCUUCAACUGGACUUUGCAUUGUAAGAAAAUCAUUGUUUCAACUAAAGCUUGGUUCUUGCAAUAGAUCAGAAAGCUGGAAACUUUCUUCUCAUCGAGUUUUAUCACUAACAGAAGAAAAAAUCCUCUGUUUAAAAGCUUAUGAGGACGGAAAGUCUGUGAAGCUACGUCUGUUUUUCUCAGAUUCUUACUGUUCGAAAUGGAAGCUUUUGUCUGACUCGAAGAUGCAACUCUCUUCGAUAACAAAGAAUGGAGUAUCUAUUUGUUUGGAUGUGGAUUCGAACAAUAACAACAUUGUGACGAACAGCUGCAAAUGUUUACUAGGAAACUCGAGUUGCGAUCCGAGAAGCCAGUGGUUUAAGCUUGUUACUAGCACGAGAAGGCGGUCGAAACCAAAACCUUUUCUUCAAAUUAGUCCAUACUCCAAGACAAGUACCUUUUGAUUGCAAU